ACUGAAUUAACUGAGAAAUACCAAGAUCCAGUGAAGUGUGUCCACCAGAGCUGUUAAAGUUCUACCAAGGACACAGGAUCGCGUUCUCUAGCUUGGCAGAGCAUAUUCAGCUCUUAACGCUCAGACGGCUAACAUAAGCUCACAGGGUUAUUUGUAUAAAGAUAUUGACUCAGUUGAUGAGCUGUGCUUUGCUCCUUGAUCCCCUGUCAGCUGAGAGGAGUUUCCAGCAGGGCUUGAGAAAAGACCACAGAAAGCUGUCGGCUACCUGAUGACUGGCUGGGUGCAGCAGAGUCUGCACUGUGGCCUCUGCUGAAAGAAGUGGAUAUAUCUACUCCAAAGAGAGAAGCGACAGCGGAUGUCCUGGCCCUGACACUCUGCUUUAUCAGAUGAGAAAAUAGAAGACAGCUGGUCGAUGUCAGUGGGUUUCCACAGUCAGAGAUUCCCAUGUUUAUCGACACCUAACAUCAAUGAGGCCUCAAGUAAGGAUGUCACUGCUUCACUGCACAGGAAUGUCCUGUCAUGGGGUGUGUGGCGGGGGCAAGAGGAGAAGGAGAGUGUGUCUCUUAGAGCAAUAACACACUCUGCCUCCGCUCAGACUGCAGAUAGCCGAUCUUACAGGGGAGUUUCUAACCUGUCCAGGGUUGCGAGUGUCCCAGAUGUGGUGGAACGGUGGCCAAAGUCAGCAUUUUCCUCCAUCACCAUUGCAGCCCAGAGGAUUUUGCUGUCACCACAGGACCCCGUGUAUCCAUCCUCUCCAGCACAGCCUGUGAAGGCAUCAACUCCACUGAAACUACCGGAAAGUUUUGAAGGAAGAGCCUCAUCCAUACCCACGAGCACAAUGAGAGUGUCAAACUCCCAAACGGACGUGUGCAGACAGAAUCUUUCUGUCUUGAAGCCAAAUGAGUUCAGACAGGCCUACUCACCAGCUGAUGGAUUGGCAGUGAGAGAUCAAGGGAAGACGAAAGUACAACUUGUACAACGCAGACUGAACUGCACAGAGAGCAACAGAAAGCUGGACAGGAUAGGUGGCUCGUUAAUGAACCUGUCCUCACAGCCUUCCUACCGGUCUUGUAUCCAUCUUGAGGUGCCACUGAGGUCCACUAGCUCUGUUUUGUUUUUGGACAAGUCACUUUCCAUUUCCCUUGUGGAACUAGAGGAAAGAAGAGCAGGUCGACCCCCUUUGUACAGGUCUACCUUGUCUGUUCGCCUCGGUGUCUCAUCCUGCCUCAGAUCCUCCACAGAUAACAAACCAAGCAAAAUAAAUGAGGGUUACGGGAGACCCAGAGCGGCCAUGUUGGGGCGAAACAAGCGCAAUGGCCGAGAGAGUGGUUCAGAUCAGUGCAGCAGAAGCCCUCUAUCAAAGCACAGGGGCCACAAGGUCGAGCAAAUAGCACCCGCUCAUGGUGUUAACAGCAAGGCUGAUGAUUCAGGCACACAGCGCCACAGCACUACUUUGGGAUUAUUGUCAUUCAGAGGGCCAAGCCCCUCAAACACAAAGGCUGGCAGGCAGAAGGGGAAUGCAGAUGAGGCAGCCUUCCCUAUCCGUAGCAAUUUCAGGCACAGGCAGCACACUUCCAAUAUUGGCCCAGUGGACUCCAGAACUUGGAGCAAGCAAGCUGGGAGAGAAAAGACAGAGGAACAACAACAUGACUCUUCCUUGGAGCCUCAACAUGUCUCGGAUCAAACCUGUCGUUCCCAACUUAAGGCCAAUUCUCUGGAAGGCACAGCCAAGACUCUCAGCCUCCAAGAGGCUCUGGAGCUCUUCAGGCCAGACUUCAUCAGCCGAUCUCAGGGUCGGGUGAGGAGGUUGGAGCAGAGGGCUAGGAGAAGGAAAUCGCUGCAGAACUCCAAUCCAGACCUGGUGCAGGGCCUCAGGGAGGAUCGAAGCAAGCAAAAGAGGAACUGCACCACCCCAGAUCCACUUAGUGAUAACCUUUUCAAGCCUAGAGAGAGGUCUAUAUCAGGCAGAGAGAUGCAGCUGAGGUCCAGACGGAUUUACAACAAGCUACCAGAGGUGACAAAGAAGAAAGACGAGGAGAAAAAGAGGGCUGUAUCACAAACCAACAGAUUGCGAGCAGAUGUCUUUAAAAAGAGACUUCUGAACCAGAUCCUGCACAGAUAAACGAGAGACACCGAAAGGCAAAUGGAGUUCAUUCACUGACCAUUCUUCAAUUUUCUCAAUAUAUAUUGGCUUUGCAGUUAAUCAUCUAUGCAUAUCAUUCCCACUGCCUGUGCAUGAUUUAGUUAAACCUCUGUUUCAUGUUGUAUCUUUGUUCUUUGAAAGUAGUGCAACAAAAAUAUGUUUUGCUGUUCCCAGGGUGACAGGAAGACAUGUUUGGUGAAGCUUACUUGAUUUGUCACCAGUGUUUAAAGAGAUAAUUUGAUGUGACAUGUAGCAAAGACAGUCUAAAAUUCAUUCAUUCAUGUAUUAUCCAUCACUGCUUAUCCUGGUAUAGUGUUGGGGGAUAGAUGGAGCUUACCCCGGGUGUCACUGGGCGAGAGGCGGGGUACACCCUGGACAGGUUGCCAGACUAUCACAGGGCUGACACAUAAAAAUAGACAACCGCAUAUGCUUACGUUCACACUUACAGGCAAUUUAAAGUCACAAGUUAACCAUGUCUUUGGACUGUGGGAGGAAGCCGGAGUACCUGGAGAAAACCCCCACUGACACAGGGACAACAUGCAAA